AUGAAUCUCAAAUUAAUAGAAAUAAGUUUAUCUCUUCUUUUAAUGUGCUUAUGCGAAGGACACAGUAACGAGAAAAAAAAUAAUAAUGGAUUUAUGAUUACAAAAUCGAAUCGAUUGCUAUCUGAACUCGAAAACGAUAAAGUAGGAGUAGAAGUACAUGAAGACCAACCAGUUUAUGAAGACCAAUCAAAUUAUGAAGUGCUCGUAAGAGAUAUAAAUGGGAAGCCUGUCGAUAAAAAUAAUUUAAAAAAUAAUAUAAAAAUCGUUUUUAUCGAUUUAGAUGGAACAUUAUUAAAUGACCGUUAUAAAAUAUCCAAAUUAAAUAUAGAAAGUUUAGUAAAGGCACAAAAUAAAGGAAUAAAAAUAGUUUUUGCUACUGGUCGUCCAAUGCAUUUAGCUAAUUAUGUAAUAGGAAAAGAUGUUAAAAAAAAUAAUUUAAGUUUAGUGCCCGGAAUAUAUUUCAACGGCGGUAUCACUUAUGGCCCUAAUGGUGACAUAAUGCUUGAUAAUUAUAUAGAUGAAAAAUUAGUAAUGGAUAUAUAUAAUUUUUCAAAGGAAAACAAUUUCAUUAGACGUAUGUUUUGGUGUAGUUUAGAAAAAACACAUGUUUUUGAAAAUAAUGGAUAUAUUGAUGAAUAUUUGAAUAUUGUACCUAUAAUGCCUGAUAUUAUUGAUGAAGAAACAUUAAAAAAUACAAAAAUAUACAAAAUUGGUAUUAGAUUAGAUAAAGAAAACUUAUCAAGUGUAAUAAAAAUGUAUCAAGAUAAAUUUUCGGAUCGAAUUCGUGUAGUUAACACAUUUAAAACAUAUAUAGAAUUGAUUCUUCAUAAUACAAAUAAAUUUGAAGGUGUAAAAGCAUUAUGCAAACAUUUCGAUAUAAGUUUAAAUGAAGCAUUAGCUAUAGGAGAUGCUGAAAACGAUAUAGAGAUGCUACAAGGCGUAGGAACUUCAAUAGCAGUACAGAAUGCUGCUAGUGAAAUAAAGGAAUGCGCAAAAUAUGUAGGUCCAUCAAACAAUGAUGAUGCGGUACAUCAUGCACUACGAACAUUUUGUGAUAUUUAA